ACGUCUUGUAUCCUUGCACUUGAGUGAUCCGUCAAGAUGGUCAAGCACAACAAUCAGUUGCCCAAGAAUCACUUCCACAAGGAUUGGCAGCGGCGAGUCAAGACAUGGUUCGACCAACCUGGAAGGAAGAAGUCGCGUCGUUCUGCUAGGUCGAAAAAGGCUCUUGCCCUCGGCGCCGGACCCCUCAAGCGUCUCCGUCCUGCCGUCCGAUGCCCCACGCAACGAUACAACAUUCGUAUCAGGGAAGGCCGCGGUUUCACCCUUUCCGAACUCAAACUCGCUGGCAUCAGAAAGAAAGAAGCCAAGGGCCUGGGUAUCGUUGUCGACCAUCGCAGGCGAAGCAAAUCGGAGGAGGGACAGACUGUGAAUGUGGACAGGUUGAAGGAAUACAGGUCAAGGCUUGUGGUGUUCCCCCGCAAAGCCGGCAAGCCCAAGAAAGGAGAUGCUACCGGCGAUGACCUCACCGCACACAUCACUCGUGCUCUCCCCACUCUUCCCUCCGCUUACACUCCGGAAGCGCCUCGCGCCAUCACGGAUGAAGAGCAGGAAGUCAACGCGUACAGCACUCUCCGCCUUGCCCGUGCUGAUCAGAGACACGAGGGCGCCAGGAAGAAGAGGGCAGAAGCCAAGGCUGCGGAUGAGGCUGCCAAAGCCAAGUAGAGGAGAUUGUAGCGUCUCGAACAUGGAUGUGUACAAUGACUGGUUAUGCACGCCAAAUCUCACGCAUC